AUGGGGGCUGCGGCCGCUGCCACCGAUGAGCACUCGCGUCAGGCUGCAACGGCACCUGAGGCAUUAGCAAAUGAAGCAGUGAAAGAGAAUAAAGGCGAGGAGGAGCAAGGCGAGGGCAGCCGGCAAGAACUGCCCACGUGGCUGCCGCUGCGCUCCCUGGACUCAAAGGAGAGGCUGAAGACGAAGCAGGGCAGGGCGGCGCUGCUUGCGCGGGAGGUGGAGGAGCUGGAAGUAGAGGUGGCCCAGCAGCGGGCAGAGCUCAGCCGACGCGGUAUCACACCACCGGCAUCACGCGAGGCAUGA